GCCCGAGCUGAUCAAAAAGCUCAGCUACAGGCCGCCAGGACCCCGGACAGGAGGAAGAAACAAGCGCAUAUAAUCCUCAUCUCCCUCCUUGGCUCCUGCCACCUGACCUGAGCCCAGCCACCGUUCCACGAACUCAUCGCCCGGCCCUGAUCAAGAUCUCUCCAUCUUCCUCUCCGGCCGCUCCAGGAAUCGACCACCAUGGCAAAGCAGCAGAAGAACGGCGCGCACAUCCCCAAGUUCGGCAACUGGGACAACGACGGCAACGUCCCCUACACCGUCUACUUCGACAACGCGCGCAAGGGCAAGGGCGUCGGCGGCAAGCCGAUGAACCCCAACGACCCCGUCGACAACCCGGAGGCCUUCUCCUCCUCCUACGCCGCGCCGUCCCCGAUGCGCUCCGGCUCCGAGCACGGCAGGGCGGCGGCCAACCUCCCUCCUCCUUCCCCGCCUCCCGCCCACCGCCACGAGCGCCGCCCCAGCGACGCGCCCGCGCCGCCGCCGCCCAUGUCUCCCAGCCCCUACGGCGGGGCGUCGCCGUACCGCGGCGAGGCACCGAGGAGAGCCGCCGGACGGGCAGGCGGGUACAGCGUAGAGCAGUCGCCGUCACCGUCGCCACUGCACCCGUACAGCCAGUCCAGGGCCGCCGAUAACUCCGUCGAGGCCAGCCCCUACGGCCUCGUCGCCAACUCCACCGACCGGCCCAACCGUGCCAGGCCCGCGCCGCGCGGCAACGAAACGCCGACGAGAGGUUCGGCGGUGCCCAAGUUCGGCGACUGGGACUCCAACCCGGCCUCGGCGGACGGCUACACGCACAUUUUCAACAAGGUGAGGGAGGAGAAGAGCACCCAGGCCAAGGCGCCGGCGGGGUUUGAUAAGGACGCCGGCCCGCGUGGGCGUGGCAACGGCCCCAGGCAGCACGACGACGGCUACGUCUCAUCGAGCCGCUGGUGCUUUGGGUGGUGCAAAUAGGAACGGUUUGAUCGAUGAUGGAGCAAGGAUCAGUGGGAAUGUAAAUUGUGUGAAAUUAAGAAGGGGUUUGCCAUUGAUUCGGCUUGGCGACUCCUGUAAUCCCCAUGUUGUGGGACAUUGUUUGGCAUUGGGCACUGAGCAGAGUCCAUAAUCUCUUGGUUGUGAGAUCUUCUCUUUCUGGAGUGGAAUCUAGAGUUUUAGUCGUGGUUGUUGUAAUGCUAGAAAUUCUUUGCAGGACUUGGAAUGCUAGACUGGGUGUUCAUUUUUUGGUUCUCGUGUAAUGAGUUUACUUUACGAUACAUGUAUGUCGGGUCUAUACUUUCAGAUGAAUAUUGUCAA